AUGUCGCUAUGUUUCCACACGUUUUCACCGUCGGUUAAAUAAUAAUUAAAUAUUGUUUCGGCGUUAUUACCCAAUUUAUCCAAUUAAAACGAUACUUUUAAAGCUCGCAAAAUGAGCACGAUCUUGGAAAAAAUAGCAGCGAUCGAGGCUGAGAUGGCCCGAACUCAAAAAAAUAAAGCGACCGCCGGACAUUUGGGGUUAUUAAAAGCACGCUUAGCGAAAUUGCGUCGCGAAUUGAUCACCCCAAAGGGCGGUGGAGGUGGUACAGGGGAAGGAUUUGAUGUUGCAAAAACUGGGGAUGCUCGAGUUGGUUUUGUGGGGUUCCCUUCUGUGGGGAAGUCCACGCUGCUUAGUAAUUUAGCGGGGGUUUACUCUGAGGUUGCAGCGUAUGAAUUUACAACUUUAACAACUGUACCGGGUUGUAUUAAGUAUAAAGGGGCUAAAAUACAGUUGUUAGAUUUGCCUGGAAUUAUCGAGGGUGCUAAGGACGGUAAAGGUAGAGGUCGACAGGUUAUAGCUGUUGCAAGAACUUGCAGUCUUAUUUUUAUGUGUUUGGAUGUGCUUAAACCGAUUGGUCACAAAAAAUUGAUUGAGCAUGAAUUGGAAGGGUUUGGAUUACGGUUAAAUAAGCAACCACCUAACAUUCAUUUUAGAAAGAAAGAUAAAGGUGGCGUUAACUUAAAUUCUAUGGUACCUCAAUCAGAACUUGACUCGGAUACGGUAAAAUCAAUUUUAUCCGAAUAUAAAAUACACAACGCUGAUAUAACUCUGCGAUAUGAUGCAACGAGUGAUGAUUUAAUCGAUGUUAUUGAAGGAAAUAGGAUUUACGUUCCUUGCAUUUACAUCUUAAACAAAAUCGAUCAGAUCAGUGUCGAAGAAUUAGAUAUUAUUUAUAAAAUACCUCAUUGUGUACCGAUUUCUGCUCAUCACCGAUGGAAUUUCGACGAUUUAUUAGAGAAAAUGUGGGAUUAUUUAAAAUUGGUUCGAAUUUACACGAAACCAAAGGGACAACUCCCCGAUUAUAACUCACCGAUUGUUUUACACUCCGAAAAGACUACCGUUGAAGAUUUUUGCAAUAAAUUACAUCGAACAAUCGCCAAAGAAUUUAAAUACGCGUUGGUUUGGGGAUCCUCCGUGAAACAUCAACCUCAAAAAGUCGGGAUUGAACACGUUUUAGCAGACGAAGAUGUUGUGCAAAUCGUGAAAAAAGUUUAAAAUUUUUUUUUUAGGUUAGGUUUAAAUGUGGUUUCUUUUUGAGUUGAUAUUAAUUAAUUUGGAUAAGGAAUAAACGUUUUUUAAUUUUA